AUGCCCCUCCAGAAGAUUUCCUAUUCCAAAGGCCAUCAGAAAACCGAUUCUGCGGACGCAGCGGUGACUACACAUUCUCAGAAACUGGAACAUCGAGGAGUGUAUGAGGCGCAUAUUCGAUCGGCCCCUACUGGAAGCUGGCAUGGCAACGACAACGACCCACAAGAGCACCUAACUGUGGAUUUUAAAAAGGAAGAUGGGAGCCAUAUCACGACCCACCAUGUUUACAGACCCGAAGAACCAGCGGCGGAGAAUAAGGACCAAAAGUAA